AACUAGUGUGGUUUGCUCGGCUCCACGACAGUUUGACGUUUCGAGGCAUGUUGUAGUCGACGUGCCUGUCCGUCCCGUUAGUUAUCGUUAGGACGUUAUUAUUCUGCCAUCGUUAUGCCCGCGUAUCACUCGAGCUUCACCAAGAGCCAUGGCACCAUUGGAAACAUGGCGUUGCUGCCGAUCAAAACCACAUUCAGGGGUCCAGCGCCUCCUUUCAACAAUAAGGAACAGGACAUCAUCGACGAGGCGUUAUAUUUCUUCAAAGCAAACGUGUUCUUCAGAACGUACGAGAUUAAGAGCGAGGCCGACCGAGUUUUAAUCUACAUCACUCUAUUUAUAACCGAAUGUCUGAAGAAGCUACAAAAGUGCGCGACCCAACCACAAGCCAUGAACGAGAUGUUUUCCCUUGCUAUCUCCAAAUUUGAUAUACCCGGCGAUCAUGGCUUUCCCUUGAAUUCUGUAUACGCCAAGCCAAGCAGCCCCGCUGAAGCCGAUCUUAUGAGGCAGUACCUUCAUCAAAUCAGGCAGGAGACGGCUGUUAGGAUCGUUGAAAAAGUAUACGGCGAGGAUGGGAAGCCGAGCAAAUGGUGGCUCUGUUUUGCGAAAAAGAAAUUCAUGGACAAGUCGCUAUCUGGACCCGGCCAAUGAGUUUUACUUCCCUUUAUAUUGUUUUGAAAAUGUGCAUGAUUGAAGAAAUAAAUCGGUUAAAAAAAAAA